AUGGCCGGUGAUUCCCGAGAUGAAUUCGAUGCGCGAAUGUGCAGAAAUUGUUUGCAGAAGGACGAAAAGAUCAGAAAGCUCGAGGCGGAACUCAGCAAAACGAGUAACGACUACAGGGAGGCUCUGGAGAAGAAGCUCCAAGGCACAGAGAACUUGGUCGCAGCGCUAGAGUCAAAAGAGCAGGAUUUAGGAAUAGAGAUCGGGCGCUAUCAAAAACAGACCAACGAAGCGAAAAAGGAAACCCAGCUCGAAGUGCAAAACUUAGAAGCUUGUAAUUUGGCGCUACACGAAAAAGAGGCUGCGUACGAGAAGCUUGAGAAAUCGCUCGAGGAGGCUAGAAGAAAGGCUGAAGAAGACAUCGACUUCCAUCGAAAAGAAUGUGAAGAC